AUGGCCAUCAUGCUGGAGCUAGACCAUCCCAACAUCAUCAAGCUGCUUGACUUCUUUGAGAAAAAGGACCACUUCUACAUGGUCGUGGAGAAGGUUCGAGGGGGGGAGUUGUUCGACCGCAUCGUGGAGAAGGUGGUGUACAACGAGAAGGAGGCCAGGGAUCUCGUCAGCACGCUUCUGCAGGCUGUCAAGUACUGCCACGACAGAGGCAUUGUUCACCGGGACUUGAAGCCGGAGAACCUCUUGCUCGUGAGCGAGGAGGACGACGCUCUUGUCAAGGUGGCCGAUUUCGGGUUCGCGCAAAAGUUCAUGCCGGAGAGCGGCCUGACGACGCAGUGCGGAACCCCCGGUUACGUCGCUCCCGAGAUUCUCAUGCGCAAGUGA